CGUCCUGCGGUGCGGUCGCUCGUCGGUUCGUGUGCGUGUCGUUAUCAUACAACAAUAAUAUUAUAUCAAUAUUGUUCGUCGCUUUUCGGAAUAGUGCUCGAGUGAUAAAAUACAAAUAUCGGCGGAUGAUUGUCGCAUUCCGCACGGUUAUACGACGGUGGACCACAAUUUGAAACGGAUUUGCUACAUAAUGGGCGAUUACGACAGGAUCCGGAGGAUGUGUCAAAAACGCGGCGAACUGUGGGAAGAUCCGGACUUCCCUGCGACCCAGUCGUCGGUUUUUUACCAUCAAAAACCGCCGUUUCAAUUCGUAUGGAAACGACCUAAGGAAAUUUGUAACAAACCAGUUUUUGUUAGCGAUUCCUCGUCUCAGUUCGACAUCACUCCCGGCAAAAUGGGUGACAAGUGGCUGGUGUCUUGCCUGGGCGUCUUGUACCUUUGCAAAGGUCUGUUCUACCGGGUCGUUCCUGCCGAUCAGACGCUGUGCACCGACAAAGACUAUUGUGGCGUAUUCCGGUUUCGGUUGUGGUGGUGCGGCGAAUGGAUGGAAGUGCUGGUCGACGACCGGUUGCCCACAGUUAACAACCGAUUGGCGUUUCUACAGUCGUCGCAUACCGACCAGUUCUGGCCAGGGCUGUUGGAAAAAGCGUACGCCAAGUUACACGGGUCUUACGAGGCUCUCAAGUACGGCACUCUGUUGGACGGUCUGGCCGAUCUGACGGGCGGAAUCACCGAAAGCAUUAACAUCAGACAAGACCAGACCACGUGCGGCCGAAUGAUUGGCAAAAUGUUGGACAUGACUUCCAUCGUCACGUGUACCGUUCAGCCGACGACGCCUCAGACCAGCAAAAGCGUACCAGAAAAACUAUCCAAUGGCAUUCAAGUCGGGUUGAACUAUAGACUGUGCGCCGUCGAAAGGUUGGAAACGUACAAAAACGAACCCCUACAGUUGUUCAAGUUGAGGCAGCCCGGCGGCACCGGGUCAGAGUACACGGGCCCGUGGUCUAGAGAUGCCGAAGAUUGGGACGACGUUCCGCACAAGGAAAAGGACAGAAUCAACGCUCUUCAUUUACUGGAAGGAGAAUUUUGGAUGAACUACACCGAGUUUGUGAAAACGUUCACCCACGUGGAAAUGGUGCACUUGGACAGCGACACGAGCCGGGACGAACCGUCGUUGCACCACAAGCGGACUUGGCAAAUGAGACUUCACCAGGGCACUUGGCAGAAAGGAGUCACUGCCGGAGGGUGCAGGAACAAUCCAGAAACGUUUCACGUGAAUCCGCAACUGCACUUGAUCUUGAGCGAAAUGGAAGAGGUGGUGAUAUCGCUGAACCAACACAGCAUCAUGGAACCCAAAGUCAUCGGUUUCACGUCGUACUCGUUGCCCAAAUCGUGCAUGGACUCGACGGGCAAAGAGUUUUUCAAAAAGAACAAGUCCCUGGUCAAUUCGCAGUACACCAACAGCAGACAGGUGAGUCAUCGGUGCUUUCUGGACCAAGGAGGUUAUCUGAUCAUCCCCACGACUUUCGAACCCGGCCAAGAGUCGGGAUUCACCCUGAGGGUCUACUCGAGCAAACCGUUGAAACUCAAACUACUCGACACGGUGCCUUCGCUGUUGAAAUCGGCCAUAAUGAAGGCCCCGGUCAACUUGGACGGCAAGACGUUUGUCCAAUACGAAUCAGUGUUCCUACAGUUGGCCGACGAGCACAGGACGGUCAACGCUUUUGAACUACAAGAGCUGUUGGACGCAUGUCUGCCGAACGAUUACAUCAAGAGCUGUGCAAGUAUGGAAGUGUGCCGCCAAGUAGUCAUUACCUUAGACAGCACCGGCAGCGGGCGGCUGAAGUUCAACGACUUCAAAGACCUCAUGUGCAGCCUCAAGUACUGGCAGACGGUGUUCAAAAACCAUUCCAAGGACAAGACGGGCAUCCUCAAGGCGGAGCGGCUCAAGGACGCGCUGCUCGAGGUGGGCUUCCAGAUCAACUCGGAGGUGCUGUCCGUGCUGGUGCUGCGGUACAUGCGCAAGGACGGCACGCUCAGGUUCGGCGACUUCGUGUCGGCCAUACUGCACCUGAGCAUAGCGUUCAACUUGUUCGAGUCCAAGGACCCGCUGCUCAACGGUAACAUCAAGCUCAACCUGGCCGAAUGGCUCAAGUCGGCGUUCGUCUGUUGAACGCGCGUGUCUCGCCGCUGUCUGCGCAGUCCACGCGUUUUGGAUUACUGCGCAGUGCCGUUCUCUCGCGAGACAGAGUACAACAUUAUUAUUAUGUACAUCUUCUUUGACUGUAAACUUUAGAUAAUAUAUUAAUAUAAUAUGUAACCUGUCCCCGUAUCGUUUAUUAUUAUUACCGUGUUAGUUUAAUGUGUUAUUAUAUAUUUUCCGAUCUUGUUGAAAAAAAAAAAAAUGCUAAUUAAAUAAAACCAAUUCGUUGAGUUUUUUUUUUGGUAAAACGUUAUAUUUAGUCAUAACGGUCGUUUUACACAGACAAAAAAAAAACAACUUGUACAUUAAUUUAUAAUAUUUAGUCGACGUAUAAAAUAUAAUAAUAUUAUUAUGUAUUUGUUUUUGUUAUGAUAUUUUAUUUUUUAAGUAUAUUUUGUGUAACCGAUUAUUUUUAACCGAUUACUAUGGUUUUUUUUUUGACGUUUUUCGAUUAUGAAUCGUACGUCCAAGUGCUGUGCAUUGUUUAGCUCAAACGAUAUUAGAUUAUUAUAUAGGGAUUUUUUUUUUAUGUUUAUAUACUAUCGCGUGUACUACCAUAUUGAUUUAUGUAUAACAAAUAUAAAAUAUUCAUAAUUUUA